UCGUUUACGGAGCAGCGCGCGCAUCUGUUACGGGAGACGUUCCAUAAAGAAGUUAGCUAGACUGCUGACAGGAAAACUACAUUGAAUCUUACGUGUGACGAACACACUUUGGACCGUGACUUACGCAAACCGUGCGACGUUUCAACGUUUUAACGAUAGUAAUAAGGCACUGAGGCCUAGAAGUCCUGCUUUAAUGGAAGGUGGGAGUACGACUUCUACUUACAUGUCUGGUCAUUUACCACCUGGAGCACCACUGACCAAAACCGACGAGGACAUCUUGCGAGACGCUUAUCAACUAGACCAGAAUCUACCAAACGUUCCUGGAGGGUCGCCUCCUCCUGGACAAACUUUAACUAACUCCUCGGCCAGUGGAUCCCUUAGUCUGGCAUCUGAAGCCAGCCCACCUGGACAUCCAGCACUGGCCGAGGUAGUAUUUAGCCAGUAUAGCCCGCCAUGUAAAACAGUGAGUGCGCGAGAUGAUCUGUCUCCCGAGUUUCAUUUGGCCCCGUCUACAGGCUCCCGAACUUUCAACUACGGAGUCGAAGCAACUCUGUCAUCACCAAGUGCUGUGGUCGAAGGGGUACAGGAAUGUAGACUAAUAGAUUUUCACGGUGCAAAACUUGCAGCUUUCCGCGUUAACGGCGAGGACCUUCUGUGUCUGCCUCAAGCCUUUGAUCUGUUUUUGAAGCACCUGGUCGGUGGGCUGCACACAGUGUACACCAAGCUCAAACGACUGGACAUUACUCCUAUUGUGUGUAACGUGGAGCAGGUACGACUUCUACGCGGACUAGGUGCCAUCCAACCUGGCGUGAACCGCUGCAAGCUGUUAUCUUGUAAGGACUUCGAAGUUCUCUACAGAGACUGUACCACUGCCAGGUUCAGGUUACAACAUCCUCUGUUUUUUGACGUAACGGGGUUCUUACUGUCCAGUUGCAGGCCAGGAAGACCGCCAAAACGGACAUCAAUGGUUGGUUUGUCGAACAAUUCAACAACGGGACUUAAAAAGGGGCGAAUAGAAGAUGCUUAUGAUGGUGACCGAAACGUCAGAAACCACAGAGACAAGCCGAUAAUGCAUCAGAACAACUAUAACCACCACAUAGCAGCGCAAGCGGCAGUGGCAGCAGCUAACGGAGUGGCUUCCCAUCUAAACCCUUUCUCUUUCAUGGCACAAGUUUCACAUUCCAGUUUGUUUGCUUCCAAUGUAUCAAUUUCCAGUAAUUCGCAUAGUCAAGAACAUCGAAAUGAUGCUUCGGGAAGUAAAGAUAGAAAUAGACAAGAUAUCAACUCCUUCAAUAGACUAAGAGAAGACCGUCCACCUGAACUAUUGAUUGGACAUUUCAAAACUUACAAUCGCCAUAACAGACGAGGCAAGAAUGCUACUUAUCUCAACGGAGCUACUGGUAACGCUCAUCUUUCCGGACUCAAUCUUUCCCAGACCAGCGGGCUAGAAGAAGAAAACACAGGCAGGAAGAACGACUUGAAGUACAGUGACGACUACAAAGACGACGAUGAUAUUUACAGUGACGAUGAUUACGAGUUUCAAAAAAAUGAAGAUUACAUUGAUAGUCCCGAUGUCAGCAGUAGAGACCACUUUUCUCAAUAUGACUUUAUUAUUCCAGUAGCCAGUGGUUUUCCUUCGGGACCAGGCGAGUCUUCUAUAGAAACUUUGCUAAGAAAUAUUCAAGGACUUUUAAAGGUUGCGGCAGACAACGCUAGGCACCAAGAUAGACAAGUGAACCUUGAAAAAGCUGAAUUGAAAAUGGAGAUUGUUAGAGAAAAGGAACUUCGGGACAAUCUAGAGAAGCAGCUUCUCGAAGAACAAAAAAUUAGACUCAUUUACCAGAAGAGACUGAAGAAAGAACGUAGAACUCGACGACGGUUACACGAACAGUUCCAGGUGGAAGUUCAAAAGAGAACUCACUGUGAGGAAGCGUUUCGUAAUUCUUCCGUGGAAACUCUGCGUUUGUUGAAUGAAUCACUAACAGACAACGUGGAAAAGGAGCGGAACACCAGAAAUGAAAUAGAAAAAAAAAUCCAAGAUUCAUCUGUCCCCAUAUCAGUUGGUGUGCCCUAAAGAACAUGAACCCAGUGAAAUCCUGGUCUUCUUUAGAGAAACAGAAUUUAGAGAAAUUCAGCACGUUGGUGGAAUUUUAAAAAUAAUAAAAAUUCAAUAUUUUUUUGCUGGCAAAAAAUUUAUGCGAAUUCUUCUUAUGAAGGGGAGAAAUUUAAUAAACUGAACUUAAUAACGAAAUAUUGUAGGAAUGUUUAACGUGUGUUUCAGAUUGGAAAUUUUUUUAAAUUAUAUAAACUGUCAUUUGUAAAACCAGUAAAAAAAUCAAAUUGUUUCAGACAAAUCCCAUAACCAGUAUUAGAAAAAAAAUCACUGUGUUUCAUUAAGGAAGAAUAAA